UUUAAAGGUGCAAUGUGUAAUAUUUCUGUGGAUUUAUUGACAGAAAUGCAAUAUAAAAUCCAUAACAAUGUGUUUAGUGGUGUAUAAAGACCUUACUUAAUGAACCGUAAAGUUUGUAUUACCUUAGAAUGAGUCGUUUAUAUCUACAUAGGCGUGGGAAUCCCCUUCUAUGAAGGUAGCCAUGUUGUGACGUCAUAUUUCUACUGUAGCCGACAGCGGACAAACAUCGUUACAGAGCGCGUUUCGUAUAUAACCGGAAUAGGAAGCAGCAGAAAAAGACGCGGCAGAAUUUGUGGAGAAUGAUGGACCACAGUUAUUGUUCAGGAAAAGAUUCGAAAUCGGGUAAAUCUGCUUCAAAGAAGAGAAAGUAUGAUGAAGCGUCUAGAAAAAUAAGGCAGAAUCGUAGACAAAAAUCGCGGAUCAACAUCGGUGUGGCUUUUCCCAGAAGGAAGGGUCUUAUGAGGGAAAAGGGCUUUCAAAGCGACGCCGAGGUUGCCUGUUUUCUGCUGGACAGGUACGAGACAGGUCCUGCAACAUCAACUCCCUUGAAGAUAAAACCUUUUCAAGUCCCAGCUCCAGCAUUGUCUAGUAUAGGUGCUUCCAGUGGAACAGACAGAGAUGAGCAUCUUGAUGUCAUUGUAGAAGCCACUGAAAUUCAGGGCCUUGAACAAAGCUUACACGACAUGAGCAUUUUGGAGGAGCAAUUGGAGGAAAGUGUUUUCAAUGACCCAAUGAACAGUGUAAUUGAUUGGGCAGAUGAAGCUUCCCCUUACUCGCUUGAAAGAGAUGAUGGGCAGAAUGGUUUCAGCUCGGAUGAAGAGUAUCUUCCACCAAUUUCGAUACGAAUGGGUGGAGCACUGAAGAGAGCACACUCUAUCGAUGGACUUCCUGUUAUUGGAAUAGAUGAGACAUGAUAUGCCUGCACAUGAAGACCCUCUUGAUGAGCCUUCUCCUUGCGAUUAUGACCCUGUUUUCCCAGAACCUCCGAAUGUCCUUUGUGAAGAUGACAUCAUAGGUGUCAGAGCCUCCAUAGUGUAUGAGAACUGCUUAAGACAACUGACUACAUUUCUGAUUCUGCCUGUGGAGAAAUGCACUGGACUUCUGAGGACUGGUGCGGCGUGCAACUCUGUUGCACCCUUUGAGAUCAACAUCACCACCAGGGGCACAUCAGUUUCUAUCGAAUGGAUCUGUCCUAAUGGACACAGCUUGUGGAGGUGGAAUUCCCAGCCUGCAAUGAAGUUUGGAAUGCAAGCUGGAGAUUUUCUCUUAUCCACCAACAUUUUGUUGUCUGGCAACAACUUUGCAAAAGUUGCCCUCUUGUUCCAAUUCAUGAACAUGGGGAUGGUGAACAGGAACACCUUCUCCAUUCAGGACACUUACUGCGUCAAUUCAAUAAAGGACUUCUGGGAAGAGAGAAGGACAGAGGCUCUUUGUCGGCUUAAAGGGAAAGAUGUUGUUAUCCUUGCGGAUGGCAGAAAUUACUCUCCUGGUCACUGUGCACAAUACUGCAGCUACACCGCUAUGGAGAAUGAGACCAAGGAGAUCAUACAUGUUGCAACCAUGGACAAGCGGCAAACAUCAUGGAACUCAGUCGUCAUGGAGAAGAAGGGUUUCAUCCAGACUGUGGACAAGCUUACAUCAGAGAUAAAGCUUGUGGAGAUCUGCACGGAUGCCCAUGCCCAGAUUGGUGCCCUUAUGAAUCCAGAGAAAGGCAAAUACAAGGCUCUUGGAAUUCAUCACAGUCUGGACAUGUGGCAUGGUGCAAAGAACAUUGCCAAAAAAAAUAGCAGCAGCAGCAAAGAUAAAAGGACAGUCCAUCCUCUUGAACUGGCUGAAGGACAUAGUCAACCAUUUUUGGUGGUGUUGCAAGACUGCCGACACACGUGAGCAAUUUCUUGCAUUAUGGGUAAGCAUCCUUCACCAUGUCUGCAACAUUCACACAUGGACUAUGGGAAGCUGUAAACACGGGCACCUUGAAUCAGAGCAAAUACGGGAAAAGGUGUGGAUCCAGAGAGACUCCCAGUGCCACAAAGCUUUAGUGGAUAUAGUUCUAAAUAAGAGGUGGCAGAAAGAUGUCCACAAAUAUCUGAAAUUCAGAUCGACUGCAGACCUAGAGUCAUUCAACAAUCACAUCCUGAUGUAUGCUAGCAAGCGCUAUGCUUUCAGCCCUCCAGUGUAUGAGGCAAGAAUUCUGCUUGCUGCUUUGGACUACAAUUUCCACCUGAACCGACCAACAAUGAAAACAUUGGAUGGCAAAGAGAU